AUACGUAGAAAAUUAAAUAAAUGGAAAAGAAGAAGACGUAAUGGUGAGAUAAGAAGGAAAGGAAGGGGAAUUGUUUUUGACAAAUAGUGUAAUUCAAGUAUCACGUAGUAGAUAAUCAGUGCUCGACAGAUGACGCUCGUGACGUUGAAGAAAAUUGGCGGGAAUCUUUUGAGAAGAUUUAUUUUAUGAAUGAAUGCAUGAAUGAAUAGAUGAAUGAUCGAUCGAAUGAAAAGAAAAGAUACACGAACAAACAAAUAAAUAUAAAAGAAAAAGAAACAGAGAUAAAAUAAGAGAGAUAUGAAAAUUGAGAUGUCUGAAACAACAGAUAAGAAUAUAUUGUCGUCGAGAUCUAUGUCGCAAGGAUCGAGGAUCUGUCAGGAACACGAUUACCAAGAAGAUGAACAUUGUUCGAAUGAAAAUGAUCAUGAUUUCGAGUCCUUGGAAUAUGAAGAAGACGCUUAUUAUUCGAAUUCAACGACAACGCCAAGUUUCGAUGAUAUCGACGAGUUAUGCGACGAUGCCGAAGAGAUUUUCGUUCAUUGUUGGCGAGAUUCGAACGGAGAAAUCGAUGAGAUCGUAGUAGACGAUGUCAAUUUCUCGAUUGAAGCGGAACAUCUAAAAGCUGAGGAAGUCAAGAAAUCGGGUGUACGUGGAUUUCGAAAGAAAAGAUCAGUCAGAGUGAUAUUUCAAGAUUUUUCCAAACCGUAUCUUGCGAAGAUCAUCAACAGUCAGAAUUAUAAGAAGUUUUUAGAAUUGGUGAAAGGAGAGGAUGCCUCUCUUCACCCAGCUGGUUCUCUUUCUCCAUCAGCUGACAAUGCAGCGAACGAGUUGCAAGGACUCACUUUGGAGGAACAAGAAAGUCAGAGAGCUGUUUGGAACGCGGAACUUACUAAGAUCGAAGAAGAGAUAAAUACACUCAGGCACGUAUUGGCGAGCAAGGUGAGGGUUUCUCAAGAACUAAAGAGGAAGUUGGGCAUCAGCGUUUGGAAAGAACUCACCGAUGACGUGAAUCAGGGCUUGAAGAACGUUAAGGAGAGUCAAGUUUAUCAGAACGUUGGAGAGAAACUCGGUCAGUUCAGCAAGGCGAUUACCGACAACAGUUUAUUCCAAAAGACGGAAUCGGUCUUCAAAAGUACAGCCGAGAAGACAACGAGCAUUCUUGGUGGUUUUGGUAGUGGCAUUUCUAUGAAAUUAGGUCAGAUGCGUAAUUCGGAUAGUUUCCGUUCUUUGGAAGAAAGAGUUGGAUCUGCAUAUGAAAAUGUUAAGACAAAAGUCGUGCCUUCGAGAUCUAAUUCAACGCAAAGCUUCGACGAUGCAUUACGAGAAGCAGAAGCAACGAGACGUGCAUCAGCAGCACCAUCAGCAACCAGUCCGACAAUUCCUGAGGACAAACUUCUCUCUUAGAGUUGACUUUGAAUUCUUAAUGGUCACCUGUCUCUCCUUUUCUGCGCUACACACGCCAACGAUUAUAUGAUAUCGAUUGUAAACGAUUUACGAUCGACUAUCUCUAUCUCGCCCUAUGCUCUAUCACUAAUUAAUUAAUCGUCCAUUGCAUUUUUUUAUUAUCGGGAACUAAUCCACCGAAUCAAGUGUACGGUUGGAGAGAACGUAUAUUAUUAUUAUUAUUAUUAUUAUUAUUAUUAUUAUUAUUAUUAUUAUUAUUUUAUAAUUAUAUUAUUAUUAUUAUUAUUAUUAUUAUUAUUAUUAUUAUAAUUAUUAUAAUUAUAUUAAAGGAUGGAAAAAGAGGAUCAUGAGCCUACAACAACAAAAAAUAACGAGGAAGAUUUGCCGAGCUCUUUGCCGAUCGUUUUAUAAUUAUUAUUAAUAUUAUUAUUAUUAAUAUUAAUAUUAUUAUUAUUAUUAUUUUUAUUUUUAUUUUUAUUAUUAUUAUUAUUAUCAUUAUUAUUAUUACUAUUAUUAUCAUCAUUAUUAUUAUCGAUUAUCGAUUAUUGAUUAUUGUUAUUAUAUUUUUCUUUUUAUAUAAUAUGAUUAUGUAUUCUGCAACGCCACGAGCAAUAACGUUAUCAGCUGAAAAGAUAAGAAAAAAAAAAAAAAGAAAAUUAUUUUUAUUGAUGGAGAUUUGGACAAAACUAAAAGAAUGGUAUUACGCGUUCAAAGUAAAUGACGUAUUAUGCUUGCGUGAUUAAAAAAUGUUGACGAUAAAAACGAUAAGUUAAAUUCGCAAUUGAAAUGGA